UCUGCCUCUCGACUGCUCUGGGAGGAGGAAGAGAAGGAGGAAGAGGAGGAGGAGGAGGAGGGGGAGGAAGAGGAGAAAGGCGCAGGGGUGGGAGCUGUCGCCGGAGCUGCCACAGCAAAAGUUCUCUCCCCUCCCCCUCGCCCUCCUUGCCGGGCCCGUGGGAAGGUCGGAGCCGCCGCCGCCUGCAGUCGGUGACCGCGCGCCUCGGCGCCAGCCCGCGAACAGAAGAGAAGAAUCAGUGGCUUGGAAAUUGAGCCAAGUGACCUGGCGGGAUGGGCAUUUGCCUGACACAUUUUAUAGAGGAAUUGGAUGGCACAAGUGACUGAGAGGAUCUGGAGAGUUUCUGGAGCCUGGGAAAGGUAGAAACUCAACCAUGAUUUCUUUCUCAACUCAACAGCAUUCCUUUCCUUGAAGUCUUCAUUUUUACUUCGGUCUCAGGCAGUUAUACUUAAGCAUGAACAUUGACGACAGACUGGAAGGAUUGUUUCUUAAAUGUGGCGGCAUAGACGAAAUGCAGUCUUCCAGGGCAACGGUUGGAAUGGGUGGAGUGUCUGGCCAGUCCACCGUGUCUGGAGAACUGCAGGAGUCAGUACUUCAAGAUCGAAGUUUGCCUCACCAGGAGAUCCUGGCUGCAGAUGAAGUGCUACAAGAGAGUGAAAUGAGGCAACAGGACAUGAUAUCGCACGAUGAACUCAUGGUCCAUGAGGAGACAGUGAAAAAUGAUGAGGAGCAGAUGGAAACACAUGAGCGCCUUCCUCAAGGGCUUCAGUAUGCACUUAACGUCCCUAUAAGUGUAAAGCAGGAAAUUACUUUUACUGAUGUAUCUGAGCAACUGAUGAGAGACAAAAAACAAGUCAGAGAGCCAGUAGACUUACAGAAAAAGAAGAAGCGGAAACAACGCUCUCCUGCAAAAAUCCUUACAAUAAAUGAGGAUGGAUCACUUGGUUUGAAAACCCCCAAAUCUCACGUUUGUGAGCACUGCAAUGCUGCCUUUAGAACCAACUAUCACUUACAGAGACAUGUCUUCAUUCAUACAGGCGAAAAACCGUUUCAAUGUAGUCAAUGUGACAUGCGUUUCAUUCAGAAGUACCUGCUCCAGAGACACGAGAAGAUCCAUACCGGUGAAAAACCAUUUCGCUGUGAUGAGUGUGGUAUGAGAUUCAUACAGAAAUAUCACAUGGAAAGGCACAAGAGAACUCACAGUGGAGAAAAGCCUUACCAGUGUGAAUACUGCUUACAGUAUUUUUCCAGAACAGAUCGUGUAUUGAAACAUAAACGUAUGUGCCAUGAAAAUCAUGACAAAAAACUCAACAGAUGUGCCAUCAAAGGUGGCCUUCUAACGUCAGAGGAGGAUUCUGGCUUCUCUACGUCACCAAAAGAUAAUGCACUGCCAAAAAAGAAAAGGCAGAAAACUGAGAAGAAAUCGUCUGGACUGGACAAAGAGAGUGCAUUGGACAAACCGGACCUGAAGAAAGACAAAAAUGAUUACCUGCCCCUCUACUCUUCAAGCACUAAAGUAAAGGAUGAGUACAUGGUCGCAGAGUAUGCUGUUGAAAUGCCACACUCUUCAGUCGGAGGGUCUCAUUUAGAAGAUGCAUCUGGAGAAAUACACCCACCCAAGUUGGUUCUCAAAAAAAUCAAUAGUAAGAGAAGUCUGAAACAGCCCCUGGAGCAAAAUCAAACCAUUUCACCCCUGUCCACUUACGAAGACAGCAAAGUCUCCAAGUAUGCGUUUGAACUUGUGGAUAAGCAGGCUUUACUGGACUCAGAAGGCAGUGCCGACAUCGAUCAGGUGGACAACUUGCAGGAGGGGCCCAGCAAACCUGUGCACAGCAGCACUAAUUAUGACGAUGCCAUGCAGUUUCUGAAGAAGAAGCGCUAUCUUCAAGCUGCAAGUAACAACAGCAGGGAGUAUGCACUGAAUGUGGGUACCAUAGCUUCUCAGCCUUCCGUAACACAAGCAGCUGUGGCCAGCGUCAUUGAUGAAAGCACCACAGCGUCCAUAUUGGAUUCCCAGGCACUGAAUGUGGAGAUUAAGAGCAAUCAUGACAAAAAUGUCAUUCCAGAUGAGGUCCUACAGACUCUGCUGGACCAUUAUUCCCACAAAGCUAAUGGACAGCAUGAGAUUUCCUUCAGUGUUGCAGAUACGGAAGUGACGUCUAGCAUAUCAAUCAAUUCUUCUGACGUACCUGAAGUCACCCAGUCAGAGAAUGUUGGAUCAAGCUCCCAAGCAUCCUCAUCAGAUAAAGCUAACAUGUUGCAGGAGUACUCCAAGUUUCUGCAGCAGGCUUUGGACAGAACUAGCCAAAACGAUGCCUAUUUGAAUAGCCCGAGCCUUAACUUUGUGACUGAUAACCAGACCCUUCCAAAUCCGCCAGCAUUCUCCUCCAUAGACAAGCAAGUCUAUGCAGCCAUGCCCAUCAAUAGCUUUCGAUCAGGAAUGAAUUCUCCACUAAGAACAACUCCAGAUAAGUCUCACUUUGGACUGAUAGUCGGUGACUCACAGCACCCGUUUCCCUUUUCAGGUGACGAGACAAACCACGCCUCUGCCACAUCAACAGCAGACUUUUUGGAUCAAGUGACUUCUCAGAAGAAAGCUGAGGCCCAGCCUGUCCACCAGGCUUACCAAAUGAGCUCCUUUGAACAGCCCUUCCGCGCUCCUUAUCAUGGAUCCAGAGCUGGAAUAGCGACUCAAUUUAGCACUGCCAAUGGACAGGUGAACCUUCGGGGACCAGGGACAAGUGCUGAAUUUUCAGAAUUCCCCUUGGUGAAUGUAAAUGAUAAUAGAGCUGGGAUGACAUCUUCACCAGAUGCCACAACUGGCCAGACUUUUGGCUAAAAAAAAAAAAAAAAAAAAAAAAAAAAAAAAAGUGUAAAUAAUACUGGCACUUUAGAACAGAUUAAUCGAGAGUGGGGUUACUCUGUGUAAAAUGGAGUGCUAUACAGAUUUAAGAGCAAUGCGUUCAUAGCAAGCUGAUAAGAAUAGCAAGAUAAUCCAGUAACUGCAUUUCGUUUGGUUAGCCCGCAUUCCUUGAACUGCCUUACGUGUUGUCACCGUUAGAGGAGCGAUGCAUUACUUGUUUUAGAUCAGAACCUUGCUAUUCACCCACACCAAGAUAAAGAGGAGGAGAAAAGACUUUCGCACAAUUGUUUCCUAACUGAUAACAUUGUACAUUCUUAGGAGAGUAGUAAUUGUGUGAAAUUUCCUCAUACUGUUUCUAAGUUUUUCAGCAUAGUAUUGCACUUCAGCAGGGAAUCUGAGGAUACUUCACAGACGACAGUGAACUUAAAGUUUCAAUGUCAAGAGAUUAUGGCUUAAAUAAGUAGUUUGUCCUAUAGGGGGAAUAAAAAGAAACCACCUUAAAAAAUGAUAUGCCAUAUACCCUUGAUUUUCAGUUUGCAUUAUAUUGACGUGGUUUUUUUUUUUUUUUUUGAAGAAAAAGUAAUAAAAAUCUGAUAGUCUUAAGACUCCACUAUUUAAAAGCCUAAUUACUUUUAAAGUAUGCAUACUUUCAAAACUUUUACCAAAACACACAACUGUUGAAGCAUUUACUUCUCUAUGGAAGUAUGCAUAUUGGUGUCAGUUUCUUUGUACAGGUAUACUUAGAUAUUUUUUAUGAUUUUUCAUGUGCAAGUAUCAAGGUUUGAAGUUUUAGUAAAAAAAUAUUCUGUAGAUUACAUUCCCAAGAAAAUAAUGCUUAUACAAAAUGUAUAUUCCACGUUUUAAAGCUGAAAUGUAUUUUACUUUACACACUUCAGUUGACAUAGAGCACUUAGGAUUAAUCUGGUAUUUUUGAUUUCUCAAAGUUAAAAAAAAUAGAUUUUUUAGGUUUGAUAUGGUUGUGUCAUAAUCAUCUCGUAAUUGACAAUUUUGCUUUUUGGCAAUAAAAGGAAGUUGGGAUAUCUUUGGACUGUAAAACCUGGUUUAAUUCUUCUCUUUCUGGACUCUUGAUAGAUUGGAUAAUUAAACAGUAUCCCAAGAAACUAAAGAAAUGGGCAUUUUAAUUGCUUACUUAAGUUACUUUUAAGUGAAUACUGCUCACGACAGUUUUACAAAGCGGAAGUGCUUACUGAUUCCAGUAACUGCAAUUUCUUUUUCAGCUAGACGAGUGAUUGGACAUUUUUUGUUGCAUUUCAAAAUCUAAAUAAACUAUAGACUUUAUCCUUA